GGACUGCUGCCCACUCAUCGGGAAGUGGGACCCCAGAAUGUGUCUGCGUAGGGGAAUUCAAGCCCAUGCAAAAGCCAGCUGCUUCACUUCCUCGAACUAAGAUAGUGGGAAAGAAUGAAUACUUUUGUUUUGACAAAGGAAGAAUUGCUCUCUAGUUGGUGGAAAGAGUAUGCAGAAUGUAGUGAAGGUCCUAAGGAACAACCUAGUUCCAGUAAGAAAUUGGAAAAGCUACCAAGUCUUGCUUCCUUAGAAUUUACUUUAUCAUCCCUUCUAUAUGAAGAAGAAGAAAGGGUUGGAGUUCUUGUAAAGGGAGGACUUUAUGAGGUAGAUUUGGUAAAGAGACAUUGUUUUCCUGUUUAUUGGAAUGGAGACAAUCGACGUGUUCUUAGAGGUCAUUGGUUUGCUCGUAAAGGGGGCCUUGAUUGGCUUCCACUUCGUGAAGAUGUUGCUGAACAGUUAAAGAUUGAUUACCUUAGUAAGGUUUGGCGUCGGAGAAGGUUUCAACCCUCUGGACUUUUUGCAGCUCGAGUUGAUUUACAAGGCUCUACCCCAUGACUUGAGGCACUUUUUACUGGCGAGGAUGAUACCUGGGGGUCUUGGCUCAAUGUUGAUGCUUCUGGUUUUUCUGGUGUCAUUAGUUUCAGUGGAAAUGGAAUUAAGUUAAGGUGUGGUUAUUCGAAAUCCCAGUCAAAAAAAACCAAGCUAGGUCUCUAAUCUUUCCCUUUUUAAAUUUUUACUAGCAUAAAAACUUCUAGCAUCUUCAUUUGUGCCUUAUGCUUCAGGAAUAUGUAAUUAGAUCCUGGUUAGGGAAUUUAAUAG